AUGAACGAAAAUCUAUUCACCUCUUUCAUUACCCCAGUGAUAAUAGGGAUCCCUAUUGUAACAAUUAUCAUUAUGUUCCCAGUAAUCCUCUUCCCAACAUCAAACCGACUAAUCAACAACCGCAUUGUAUCCAUACAACAAUGACUCCUAAAACAAACAUCCAAACAAAUAAUAAGCAUCCACAACUACAAAGGACAGACCUGAACCCUGAUAUUAAUAACACUAAUCAUUUUCAUCGCAUCUACUAACCUACUAGGCCUGCUACCCCACUCAUUCACCCCCACAGCCCAACUGUCAAUAAACCUGAGCAUAGCCGUUCCUCUAUGGGCAGCCACCGUAGUCACAGGUUUUCGACACAAUACAAAAACAUCUUUAGCCCACUUCCUACCCCAGGGAACACCAACCCCCCUUAUCCCAGUGCUAGUGAUCAUUGAAACAAUCAGCCUGCUAAUCCAACCCAUAGCGCUCGCAGUACGACUGACAGCCAACAUCACCGCCGGCCACCUGUUAAUACACCUAAUCGGAAGCGCAACCCUUGCCCUAAUAUCAAUCAACCUCACCGUGGCCACAACUACCUUCAUCGUCCUAGUCCUGCUUACAAUCCUUGAAUUCGCAGUCGCACUCAUUCAGGCCUACGUCUUCACCCUUCUAAUCAGCCUCUACUUACAUGAUAACACAUAA